CAAAAAAACUAUUUCUUAAUUUUUUUUGAUGCCGCGUGUAGAAGAAUUCUAUUGUAAAAAUUGAGAGCUGAUUGGCAGAUGCAAUUUGACAAGGAUGUAUGAAUAUUGCGGAGUAUAAAUCUUGGCACCGUUCGACUGAAAUGAGCAUAUUUGCCGCUAGGACCAGAAUUCCAAGAACCAAUCACAUCUUUGUAUAUUAAAGACAAGGAAGAAAAUGCUCACCAGGUUGAUGGAUUCAUUUUGAAGAAGAUAAAAGAAUCCCCACAAGAGUUGAAUCUGGAGAGGACCUGAGAAUGAAUUUCCCAGCAUAAGUGCUGGGGAAUCUCCAAGCUCCUGCUUCACUAUUAGACUCCAAAUGUUGUCUAGUGGUGGUGCACACCAGCAGAACUCAUCAGCACCUUCAUGACUUCCUGCAUUUAAGAAUGGUCCGGGAACAAUACCUGACAACACAAGGCAAUAGCCUACAAAGGCCAGAGAACCAAUAUGUCUACAAGAUUGGGAUCUAUGGCUGGAGGAAGCGCUGCCUUUAUUUAUUUGUGCUGCUACUUCUCAUUAUCCUGGUGGUGAAUUUUGCAUUAACAAUCUGGAUUCUCAAAGUGAUGUGGUUUUCCACAGAUGGAAUGGGACACCUGAGAGUUACAGAAAAUGGGAUUCGACUGGAGGGAGAGUCGGAGUUUCUUUUCCCAUUGUACGCCAAAGAAAUUCGCUCCAGAAUGGACUCCCCCUUGCUCGUGGAUUCUUCCCAAAACGUGACUGUUAAUGCUCGCAACUCCAAUGGAGAUGUGACCGGCAGAUUAACAGUGGGACCCAACACACUGCAAGCCCAUGGAAAACACUUUGAAGUUCACUCCAACACAGGCAGAAUGCUGUUUUCUGCAGCAGAGGAAGAGGUGGUGGUCGGUGCUGAUAGACUUCGAGUCACAGGGCCGGAAGGUGCUCUCUUUGAACACUCUGUGGAGACGCCAGUGGUCAGGGCUGAACCUUUCAAGCAGCUUAGACUGGAAUCUCCAACUCGUUGUUUGAGCAUGGAUGCACCAAAAGGUGUUCAGAUCAAAGCAAGAGCUGGAAACAUUGAAGCCUCUUCUCAGAGGGACAUUGUUUUUCAUACUAGUGAAGGAGUGUUGGUGCUAGAUGCCGAGACAGUGAAACUACCCAAGUUGCCUCAUGGGUCACAGGGUGGAUCGGGGAGCUCUCAGGGACUAUACGAGGUCUGUGUCUGUCCAGAUGGAAAGCUCUACCUGUCUGUCGCAGGAAUCGGAUCCACCUGCCAGGAUUACAGUCGGGUCUGCCAGUGAGCACCUUGGUUUCUUCUCAACUCUCCCAAGAUCUUGACGCAUCACCCAGAGCUUUUGAAAACAUUUGAAUAUUUUCUCAAUCAAUGCAGUUGCAAGUUUCAGUGCCAUAGCAUCACAAAAAAAGUGGUAAGAGUUCCUUCCAUGAACAUGUCUCACGAUCUGAGAUAUUACACUGAACCCCUGAUUACCCUAGAAAUAUAGAAAAAAAUCUAUUUACAAAUGGACAAAAAGAGCACAAUUCAGAACUUUCAUUUCAAAAUAGUGGCAGCAAAGAGUGACUUGGGCUCAAUUACCAUUGCUGCACAGACAACUUUGUUAACAGCCCCAUAUAAUGGAUUGAAAUGAAAUUUACUACCAACAGUUGCUCAGCUCCUAUAUCGAAACAUUUUUAUAGGAAAGAAUUAUGGUCUCUGAAUUACAGAUCAAUAUUUUCUAUCAGUACAUCAGUCUGACGUCUACAUCUUCCAACUCCUACUUAUGCCGAUCCGUGAGAUUCAUUUUUUUAAUGAUAAAAGUACGUUGUAUGUAAUUAAAUUUUGAUACACUUAACAGCAGGGACUUGGUUGAUUUUGACCUGUGUCUGCUAGAUCUCUAUGCAAUAACUCUUUUUCCUUUUUUCUGCAAUAACACUUGAACCACAAGAGCUGUGCUUUUUGUACAAAACUACAAUGUGGAAAAAAAAGUAUCCAAAGUUUUACCAUCUGUAUGUGAACCACAGUAUUAACGCUGCAGUACCCUUUCUUAGUCUUUUUAUAAAGCUAUGUUGAAAUGUAU